GACGCUUUUUCCCUCCGCUCCUCUCAGCCGACGGCCGCAGUAUCGCACCAGAAGACGCGCAGAUCUCAAACAGGCGGAAUUAACGCGCACCGAGAACAAAUAAAACAAAGUCAGAGGAAUACGCAGCGCCGGAGAGCCUAGAAGGAAUACAAACCAUUCUAUUUUUUUAUUCAACGUCACCUGGAAGUUUUGCGACCAUGAGGAUUUCCAGUGCUGUGCUCGUGCUGGUUCACUUCUUGGCGGUGUCCGGACUGGCCAGCGGCACCCCGGUCGACAGGCGCGAGAGCGACAGGCAGCAGCACACGGCCGUCAUCAACUUCCUGGCCACGACCAAAGACAGGAGAGCGGAGGAGGUGAGCCGCAGCGCGGCCGCGGCCACGGCCACGUACGGUGGCGAGGAAGAGGAGGGGGAGUACGACUACUAUGAGGAGGAAGACUAUGAAGACGGCGACGGUCUGUCUGGAGACUACCAGCCCAGAGUUGCCAUGUCAAGCAAACCCAAAGACCCGACCGUGGUCCAGGAGCGGGUGGCGGAAAGCGCCGGGGAGAAGCAGCCGAGGGGGAAGGGCCGAAAGAGGGGGAAGGGAAAGGGCAAGGGGAGGAAGAGGAACCCCUGCCUGAAGAAGUACAAGGACUUCUGCAUCCACGGCACCUGCCACUACCUGAGGGACAUCAGCACCGCAUCCUGCGUGUGUCUCCCAAACUACUCGGGGGAAAGGUGCGAGUUCUUCACGCUCCCCGUGCAGUCGCCCGAGGGCUACAGCCGGACCACGGCCCUGGCCGUGGUGGCGGUGGUGCUGUCGUCCGUCUGCCUCGUCAUCAUAGGGCUGUUAUUAAUGCUUAGGUUUCAUAAGCGAGGAGCGUACGAUGUGGAAAGUGAAGAGAAGGUCAAACUGGGGUCAGCGUCCAGCCACUGAGCAGGCAGCGUGGGGCAACGAUGCGGGAAUUCUACCUCAAAACAGUGAAGGUCAAACGUGAAACAAGGUCCCAGAGGGAAGAGGAGCGCGGAGAGCGAGGACGCCUGCCCGACCCUUAGCUGGACAGUGUGACGAACAAACGGGCAGCUGGACUCCUGGAGGCCCGGGAGGAAGACGGGGCCGCCUGAAACCGGAAUACUGGAGGUCCCGGAGGGAUGGACUGAGACGAGACGAGACGGGAGCGGAGGACGAGAGCGGAGACGGAGGAACAAACUGUGCUGCUUCUUGAAUGUGCGACUGACUGAACUGAUAACGUUCUAAAAGAAAGUUCAACCUGGAUUUCAUCCACAGACACCGUUUUGUAUUUUCCUUCACAAGUCCAACUUUUUUGUUUUGUGUACAGCGAACUGUGUAUUUAUAAUUCUAAUUUAUUUAUUUAAGCUAACUGUAUUUAUAAAGACUUUAACCACCUUUUAAAGUAACAAUGUUACAGUUGUUUUUGUAUUUCGUAUUAGACAAUAUUUAUUUAUGAAACAAAAAGCAACCCGUGCAGAAACUCCUGAAGAUGUUUAAUGAUUUCAUGAGAAGAGAUGCACGGAAAUCUUGAUUUCUGGCUAAUUUUAGCAAUCACUAGACGAUCAACAGCACUGUAAUUCACCAAGCGAUCACUGAACGCAGUCCUUUAAUGUUUCAGGGUGGUUUCAAUGAGGCCCGUGCUCCACAGGAUCGGCCUGCACACACACUCACAUUCACACUCACAGCUGGAAGCUGCCCAGUACGAGCAGCGGCCAUUACAGUCCCACUGUAAGUUGGGUUCAAGGCGUUGCUCAAAGGCACAUCAGCAAUAAUAAUCAAAGAUCCUCAAACCUCCCCCUCAAACGUGUCCUGCAGGUUUGGGGAUAUUUAGGACUCUUCUGGCUUCGUGUUCUGCUUCUAUGUUGCAACGACUCCGGCUCCGACCGUGUGCUGAACACAGAAAUGUGCAUGUAAGGCUAAGAACCAGUUAAUAGGGAGCGUCGGAGUCUAAAUGGAACGCACUGCAGAGGGAAUCUGUACAUAUGUCAUGUUGUUUCACACCAUCGUUGCUGUCAAGCAGAAGAAAAUGUGAAUUCAGGUGUCGACCCUUUGAAAUCCUCUCCUGCAGUUUUGAAGUGAUUUUUAUUCAUGCAAUGUUUUCAAAAUUAAACAACAAAUCUGAAC